AUGGCAGCAGUUAGCCACAAAAACUUCAGACUUCGGGGCAUCCCGCUUGAAUUUGAGUGGAGUUUCGACUUAUCUGGCGACAACGACAUCGAUUUCAGCAAGUCUCUUGCUUUCGACACACACUUUACAGGUUUCACACCUUUUCAUCGCACAAGCGAUAAUGAUUGCCAGAUUGACUUGAUUGCAGUCUGUGGCCUUGGAGGACAUGCGCUGGGUUCAUUCAAGGAAAAGAAUGGUCGCUUCGUUUGGCUUCGAGAUGCACUGCCAUCAGACAUCCCAAAUGCAAGGAUUUUGACCUACGGCUACAGUAGUCAGCUUGUCGGAAGUGAAUCCUUCCAAAGCUUGACUGACCUGGGAAGAACAUUGCAGAUUGACCUUGAGGACAUUCGUGACUCAAACCAACCUCGUUCGAUACUAUUCAUCGGACAUAGCCUGGGUGGGCUUGUCAUCAAAGAGACCGUCCGAAUAUUGAAAGAAGAGCCUCUUGGGCCCGACCUUUCGAUCUUGAACGCUGUUUCCGGCUUCGCCUUCUUUGGGGUUCCCCAUCGAGGUUUGGAAGUCAAGUGUCUGGUCCCUCUGGUAAAGGAUAACCCCAAUCGGGCACUGCUCGAGUCUCUCAGCCGGAACUCUUCGCUUCUCGAGCACCUACAAAAUGAGUUCGGCAAAAUAUCCAAAGCGAGGAACCUCUCUGUUGUGUCAUUCUAUGAAACGGAAAAAUCCCCUACCGCAAUUUGGAUAAAUGGCAAAUGGGAGAUGUCUGGCACCAGCGAAGUGUUGGUAGAAGUGUUCUCGGCAACAUGCGGUUGUCAGAAGCAGCACCCAAUCAACCGCAAUCACUCUGAGAUGGUCAAAUACAGUGGCGUCCAUGAUCAAUUGUACCGAAGAGUAUUGAUUGCCCUCCGUCCUAUACUUGGUGUAUCACGAGGACGGCAUGGUAUUGCAGCUUGUGUUCAACUUUCAAAUGACGAGCAGGAGUGCCUAAAACCGCUAUCAUUCCCCGAGCAAGAGCACAGAUACUCCGAGAUCUCCUACGCAAACGACACUUGCGAUUGGCUUCUAGAAGACUACAAAUAUCGGAAAUGGAUGGAAACAGAUCGCGGGCUCUUUUGGAUCAAAGGAUGUCCUGGAACAGGCAAAUCGACUCUUAUGAAGUUCGCAGCUGAUACGAUGAGCCGCAGGAAGUCCGGGGAAGUUAUCGCUUCCUUUUUCAUCCAUGGACGCGGCAUAACAUUACAACAGACGCCGUUGGGUAUAUUUCGAGCUUUGCUAAAUUCGUUGCUCUUGUCGUUUCCAAAGUACCUCGCGGAGCUCACAGAAGUCUUCCAAGAUAAACAGAAGCGGUACGGAUCAUAUGAGCAGAAGCACGGUUGGCAGUGGAGUGAGAAAGAACUGGAGAAGUUCUUGUCCAGACUCUUGAUUGAGGGUACUAAAGAGAUGCCGGUGGUGAUAUUCAUAGAUGCACUUGAUGAGUCUGGGGAUUAUGCCAGAAAUCUGCUAAUAUCCCUUAAAAGCCUAGCAGAGAAUGCUGAGCGAGAGGGAUCCAUGGUCAGGAUCUGUUUUUCAUCGAGGCAUUUUCCGAUACUUGGCCAUGAGACGAUGGCGAGGGUUUAUGUGGAAGAGAGAAAUGACCAGGACAUCAGACUUGUCAUUGAAGGCCGACUAGAAGAUAUUCAGCCCGUUGAAAGGCGGCGACAGAUUGAGAAAGAGAUCUUGUUGAAGGCCCAUGGAGGCUUUCAAUGGGCUAUACUCAUCACAAAAAUGGUACUGGAGGAAGACAUGGCCGGCGCCAGAACUGAAGACCUACUUAAUAUUAUAUCGGCGACCCCACCAGACCUCGAUGAUCUGUACGAUAUCAUAUUGCAGGGGGUAACUAAGGACAAGCACAAGCAGAUGGCCAAGCUGUUUCAGUGGGUUCUCUUUGCCAAACGACCCUUAUCAGCCCAAGAGCUUCGAGAGGCACUCACUACUGAUAAAGACAUGCCUUAUACAACAGUCUCGGAGCUCAGAUCUCAUUGUAACUGGUCGGAUUCUUUAUCUCAGUUCGAGGUGCGUGUCCGGCAUAUCUCCAGGGGUCUCGUUGAGUUCCAGAAUCGUGACGUCUAUGAGCAAUAUGAGCCUGGGGGUGAAGAAUGGAGCCGGGAAGCUCAGUUCAUACAUCAGUCAGCUGCAGAUUUUGUUGCGCAGAAGUUUCUCGCCAAUGAGUCGCUAUCUAGGUCCCCAGCUGGAGCUGGCCAUUAUGAGAUCUCGAGAUCCUUUCUCAGAUAUUUGACCUUGGACGAAAUACUUCACGCAAACGGCCUAUCCCGAGAGAAACUCUCAACGACCUUCCCGCUAAUGCCAUAUGGAGUGACAUUUCUUCUGGACCAUAUUAAGGGUGUUGAGAAAGGAGCUAUUUGCCAGGCUGACUUGAUGACAUUGAUCCAAUGGAAUCGGAAAGAACGCCUUGAGAUGCUCGCAAAGAUAUGGAGAAUAAUGGACCCCGAGAGUACUCAUGCGCCUAGAGGCUGGCCGUUCCUCGACGCCUCAAUUCUUCACCUCGCGAUAGCGUUUGAUUCGGCUAGCCUGUUGGAUAUUUUGCUGCAGCCAAACAGCUCACACUUGGAUACUAAGGAUCUCGAAGGAAAUACCCCCCUUCAGCUUGCUUUACGAGAAGACUCACAAGACUUGGCCCUAAUGAUACUGGAACGCUCAAGGAUGUGGCAGGCUCAGAAUGACGCCGUUGCUUCAGAAGACUGGUCAAGAGGCACUCUAAUACCAUGCAGAUACCUCAGUCAUGUGAAUACCACUAAUGUUGACGGUGAAACACCCCUGGGCUUAGCCGUGUCCAUCGAAGCACAUAGGGUUAUCCGAGACUUGGUUGAUGCAGGUGCUGAGAUCAAACACGAGAAGUCCCUGCUGUUUUAUGCCAUAAGUCAAGAGGAUAAGGCACUAGUAUAUCGGCUCAUAAAAGAGGGUUCAGACCUCGACGGUGCUGUCUAUUUUACAACGCGAUGUUUAAAUCGGACCAGUGAGCAGCCUCACAUCUUACACGAACUCUUGAAGGCUCUGCUUGAAUGUGGCGGCAACACAAAGAAACACAGAGGUGUCGAGAUUGACAAUUUGAACGGGCUCGAUGAAGAUGCAGAUGAAUAUGAGGAGGAUGAGGAUGAGGAACUUGAGGAGGCAAUCUCGGUCGCUACACGCGGAGGUAGAUUAGAAGUGGUCUGUCUUUUAUUGUCCCACGGUGCUUCCGCAAACACAAGAGGUCAUUAUGAUAAGGCCCCAAUACUGGUAGCUAUUGAAAACUUUCACUACGAUAUCGCCGUGGUCUUAUUUCGGGACUCGCCUUCGACCAUUUUCUUAGCGGAUUUUGACAGUUCUACAACCCUUGAGAAGGUUAUACAAUAUGAUCAAAUCGACCUUGCACUGUUAUUUGUGAAAGAGGGCCAGGGAGUCUUGAAAUUGCACCAGUUGCUUUACAAAGCUGUCAGGAUGAAAGAACUCCAAUUUGUGGACAGUUUACUACGCAGGGACGCAAACGUCAUAAAACUGGCCAGUCAAGGAUGGGGCGACUAUGAUCCACCAUUCCUAAUAGCAGUUCACUACGAAGAUGAAGGCAUGGUCGAUCUCCUUCUCCGCACAGGCCAGAUUGAUAUCAGCAUCAAAAAUAAAGAUGGUUACACUCCAUUCUUAGUCGCCAUUGAUCUUAGGUGUCUUGGUAUUGUCAAGCUACUGCUUGAAACAGAAAUGAUUGAUGGUAAUCAGGAAGAUUUGGAAAAUCUAGCAUUCUCUUCUGCACAAUCUAUCAUGAAUGAGUACCAUGAGUACUGUUUUACGCCCCAGGCUGAUUUUGAUUAUGAGAUGAUACUUCUAAGGGAUGAAAUGGAGAAGUUUCUUUGGUGGGCUAUAGAAGGUGAGAGGUUAAGGAUGAUUAAACUUAUCCUUGACGAGAGCAUGGUUGAUUCCAAUCGGACACUUCGAGGACAAACACCACUCAUGUGGGCUAUUCAGCGGGGGAAAGAGGACAUUUUCAAGGUUCUUCUGGGCAAUUUUAGAGUUGAUCCUCAAUUCUCCGACAACUUGGGACGAACGGCCUUGUCGUGGGCUCUGGACUAUAGCAAGCAUAGAAUGGUUCUGCUACUACUCAGUCGGAAAGGGUUCUCUAUCUAUAGAGAAAGCAACGACACUUCACGAAAAUUGUUUUGGUGGGCUAUCGGAAUGGGCAAUCUUGAUGCAAUCAAUAGACUUCACGAAUCUUUUAAGUACGAUGUCAACAAGAAGGAUGGUUCGGGGAGGACACCGUUGAUAUACGCUGCUGAAACGUGUGCCGAGGAAGCCAUGAAGGUACUUCUCAAGACAGGCAGGGCUGAUGUACAGGCUGUUGAUAACAGAGGUGAUACAGCACUUUCGAUAGCUGAACAGCGGUAUGGUCAUUAG